AUGUUAAUCAACCAUACAAAUCCAUGGGAACAUGAACCCUCCAAAGCAGGCCUCUUUUCUCUCCGCCCAAAUCACGCUCUUUACCUGAGCACAUCCGGCCCUAUCAGAACACAACCAAACACACCCCUCAUAAUAAUCAUCCCCGGCCUUGCGUCUCACGCCUUAGAAUGGAUCGUCUUGAACCGUACAAUCACACAAUUCGCGCGAACCUUACUCUACGAUCGGAGUGGCUACGGACUCAGCUCCGAGAUUGACCCUAACACUGAAGCCAUUACUGCAGUGGAUAUAGCAGCCGAACUCAACGAUCUCCUCCACGCGGCUGAUUUGACAGGCCCGUUUGUACUAAUUUGUCAUUCUUACGGCGGAAUUAUCGCACGGGAGUUUGUCCACUUGCGACGGGAUGAUGUUCAUGGAAUGGUCUUUGUGGAUGCAAACCAGGAGUUGAACACUAUCGAAGGACCGUGGCCGGCGCCGUACAUUGACGCUGUGACUGAGGGGCUGAAUGUUUGGGAUGUUGUAGGGAUUAGUCAAGCACACAGAUUUCUACCGCAUGACUGGGAGAUGUUGUUGAGCCAGAACAAGGAGUAUGCUGAGAAGCACACGAGGACUGCUACCGCUGAGGCUAGAGGGUAUAUCACUAGUGGAGCUGUGCUUGCCGCGAAGAGACAAUUUGAUCUGAAGGAUCCCCCGCUGCUUGGGAUCUGUCCGGUGAGUGUUAUCAAGGGCUGCACCUACAGAGACUUUGAGUUGAUGCUAGAAGCCGGCACGAAAGCUGGGAAUGGGAAUGAGGAAGAGAGGAAGCAAUUUGCGGACAUGAUUGAGACUUAUGAUGCAUUGGAUGAGAAGUGGCAGAAGGGGCUGUUGGGAUUGUCCAGGAGGUCGAGGUGGGUAAAGGCUGAGAAGAGUGGGCAUAAUGUGCAGUUGACAGAGCCAGAUGUUAUUGUUCAGGAGGUGAAAUGGGUCUUAGAGAAUGUUCAGGGAGAUUUGUGA